AUGAGCACUCCUGUCCCUGGCCUUCCUGAUCACCUCUUUAGAUUAAACUGGGCCUCGUUGAGUUCUGGAGAUAAACGUGACGAUUCGCCUGAUUACACUAUCUUCGUUGGUGAUCUCGCCGCUGAUGUCACUGACUACGUUUUGCUAGAGACGUUCAAAGCCUCUUAUCCUUCGGUUAAAGGUGCGAAGGUUGUUAUCGACAGAGCCACUGGGCGUACGAAGGGAUACGGUUUCGUUAGGUUUUCUGAUGAGAGUGAACAGAUUCGUGCCAUGAGCGAGAUGAACGGUGUUCCUUGUUCGAGUAGGCCUAUGAGGAUUGGGCCAGCUGCUAGUAAAAAAGGUGUAUCUGGUCAAAGAGGUUUCCUUCAGUUUAGCCAAGCCUAG